GCAAAAGCGAUGGUUAGGCCAAUUUUGAACAGAGGUCAAAAGACUUCCAACCAUGGAUUUUUGUAGCAAGUUGACAAGAAAAUUUGGGUCUGCCACGGCUGAGCGCUUGCACAAUCACAAAGUCAAAACCGAAGCACACCACGCCGCCUCCCUGACCUCCCUGCUAGACUGUCCCGUCGUCUCCCACCUCACCUGCUCCAUCUUUCUCUCCACUUUCCACCAUUGUUGCUUGGGGUGCAAGAGCGCAGGAGAGGCCAGCUUUACGCACCAUAUGGCUUAGAUAUCGUACAGGUCCUGAAAAGGCCAAACAAGAAGUCUUCUUCCCUGCUCAGCGCCAUCACUGUACUGCUUCUUGCUUCUAUGGAUCAUUUCUUGAUGCAAGGCACCACCACAUGGCCAUUCCGUUUCUUCCUCUGCUUGUCUGUCGUGCUGCUCUUCUUGUCUCCAGCCAACUCCCUGAACCAGAGUUCCUGCAACCCAGGUGACCUUAAUGCCCUGGACGGCUUCUCGAAAAGUCUGGCUGGAGGCGUCAGUGGCUGGACGUUCCCAAACGCGACCUCCGACAUGGCCAACUGUUGUGCAUGGCCCGGCGUCAAGUGCGAUGACGGUGAGCGAGUCGUUGGGUUGGACCUCCAAGGCACGAGGCUAAGGGGCGAGCUGCCACUUUCGCUCGCGCAGCUGGACAAGCUCCAGUGGCUCGACCUCUCCGACAACAGCUUCCGUGGUGCUGUCCCGGCGCCCGUGUUCCAGCUCCAGAGGCUGCAGCGGCUCGACCUCAGCUACAACGAGCUCUCCGGCGUGUUCCCAGACAACAUGUCUCUCCCGCUGAUCGAGGUCUUCAAUAUAUCCUACAACUUCUUCAACGGCUCCCACCCCACGCUCCGAGGUUCGCCGUGGCUCGCUGUGUUCGACGCAGGAUACAACAUGUUUUCCGGGCAAAUUGACACAAGCAUAUGUGAGUCGUCUGGUGCAAUUCGAGUGCUGCGAUUCACAUCUAAUCUCUUCACUGGGGACAUCCCAGCAGGCUUCAGGAACUGCAGAAAGCUGGAGGAGUUAUAUAUUGAGCUCAACAGCAUCUCAGGUAGCUUACCAGAUGAUCUUUUCAGGCUGCCAUCUCUGAAGAACCUGUCUCUGCAGGAGAAUCAGCUCUCUGGUAGGAUGAGCCCAAGGUUUGGCAAUCUAUCCAGCCUUGCUAGGCUGGACAUAUCUUUCAAUUCAUUCUCUGGGUACCUUCCAAAUGUUUUUGGUAGCCUUGGCAAGUUGGAGUACUUCUCUGCACAGUCCAACUUCUUCAGGGGCCCAUUGCCUUUCUCACUGUCCCGUUCGCCAUCACUGAAGAUGUUGUACCUGAGGAACAAUUCGCUGAGUGGAGAGAUCAAUCUCAAUUGUUCCGUGAUGACACAACUGAGCUCACUUGACCUUGGCGCAAAUAAGUUCAUUGGCACAAUUGAUAGUUUGUCAGAUUGCUUUCGUCUGAAAAGCCUGAAUCUUGCCACAAACAACCUCAGUGGUGAAAUCCCUGCUGGUUUCAGGAAGCUUCAGUUGCUAGCCUAUAUCUCACUCUCAAACAAUAGCUUCACAAAUGUGCCUUUAGCACUAUCUGUCCUUCAAGACUGUUCAAGCCUAACAAGCCUCGUGCUGACAAAGAACUUCCGUGAUGGGAAGGCCUUGCCGAUGACUGGAAUACAUGGCUUUCAUAACAUACAAGUGUUUGUCAUUGCUAAUAGCCAUCUUUUAGGAUCGGUACCACCAUGGCUAGCUAAUUUCACAGAGUUGAAGGUGCUGGAUCUGUCAUGGAAUCAGUUGGUCGGGAAUAUUCCAGCAUGGAUUGGUGAUCUUGAGUUUCUGUUUUAUUUGGAUCUUUCUAACAAUUCACUUACUGGAGGAAUUCCAAAAAGCUUGUCAAGCAUGAAGGGCCUUCUAACACACAUCUCGCAGCAAUCUACAGAGACUGAUUAUUUUCCUUUCUUCAUUAAAAGGAACAAGACAUGCAAAGGGUUGCAGUACAAUCAGGUUAGCAGCUUCCCGCCCUCUCUAGUUCUCAGCCAUAACAAGCUCAGUGGUCCCAUAUUGCCGGGCUUUGGAGGCCUCAAGAACCUGCAUGUAUUGGACUUCAGCAACAACCAUAUUUCUGGCAUCAUUCCUGGUGAGCUAUCAGGCAUGUCAAGCUUGGAAUCUUUGGAUUUAUCACAUAAUAAUCUUACCAGGGGCAUCCCAUCUUCACUAACAAAGCUGAAUUUUCUAUCAAGCUUCAGUGUGGCAUACAACAAUCUGAAUGGUACCGUUCCAUCAGGAGGGCAAUUCUCGACAUUCACUAGUUCUGCUUAUGAGGGUAACCCCAAACUCUGCGGCAUCCACUUAGGAGUCCAGUGUCAUUCAACUCAUGCACCUACGAUGCCUGUAACAAAUAACAGAAAGAACAAGGGUAUCAUAAUAGGAAUAGCUCUUGGUAUUACACUUGGAGCAGCAUUUGUUUUGUCUGUUGCUGUUUUACUUGUUUUGAAGAUGAGCUUCAGAAGGCAGGAUCAUAUAGUAAAGACUGUCGCAGAUGCAAAAGGAGCCCUCGAGUUGGCACCAGCCUCACUGGUGCUUCUGUUUCAGAACAAGGAUGAUAAGGCACUGACCAUCAGUGACAUCUUGAAAUCAACAAACAACUUUGAUCAGGCUAACAUCAUUGGUUGUGGUGGCUUUGGUCUAGUGUACAAGGCAACAUUACCAGAUGGAGCAACGAUCGCCAUCAAACGACUAUCAGGUGAUUUUGGUCAGAUGGAGCGUGAGUUCAAAGCAGAAGUGGAGACGUUAUCAAAAGCUCAGCAUCCCAAUCUUGUGCUUCUGCAAGGUUACUGCAGGAUUGGCAGUGAUAGACUCCUGAUAUACUCUUUCAUGGAGAAUGGCAGCUUAGACCAUUGGCUUCAUGAAAAUCCUGAUGGUCCAUCUAGAUUAAUCUGGCAAAGAAGGCUACAGAUAGCAAAAGGAGCAGCAAGAGGUUUGGCAUACUUGCACUUGUCAUGCCAACCUCACAUUCUCCAUCGCGACAUCAAGUCAAGCAACAUCCUUCUGGAUGAGAAUUUUGAAGCCCGUUUGGCUGAUUUUGGGCUUGCUCGGCUUAUUUGUCCCUAUGCUACACAUGUGACAACUGAUCUAGUUGGCACACUGGGUUACAUCCCACCUGAGUAUGGCCAGUCUUCGGUAGCCACUUUCAAGGGUGAUGUUUAUAGUUUUGGCAUUGUCCUUCUGGAGUUAUUAACUGGAAAGAGGCCUGUAGAUAUGUGCAAGCCGAAGGGAGCUCGGGAGUUGGUCUCGUGGGUUAUACAUAUGAAAGAAGAAAACCGUGAAGCUGAUGUCUUGGACCGUGCAAUGUAUGAUAAGAAGUUUGAGAUGCAAAUGAUGCAAAUGAUUGAUAUUGCAUGUUUCUGCGUAAGUGACUCACCAAAACUGAGACCAUUAAUACAUCAGCUAGUGCAAUGGCCUGACAACAUUGGGGCUAGCAAUGAAGCAUCAAAGUGAGGCAAGUUCAAUAACAGCAACCAUUGUGGAAAUCCGUGCUUAAUUUAUCUACUCUCAGUUGAAUUUUCUACUCAUACCGAAGGAUGUAAGAUAAUGCAUGAUGAUUGUAUACAAAAUAGUGCUUGUUUCAUGGGAGUCUAACUCACUAAUUCAAUAACAGAAAGACUUGAUAUUUCAUAUGCAGCAGAUGCAAUUUUGCAAAAUUCAAGAAA